AGGACCUCUCGCGCUGUCCCGCCAGCUUGUUCUCGGCUGCUCCGCUGCGCCAUGGCGUUCGUGACCAGGCAAUUCGUGCGCUCCAUGUCCUCCUCCUCCUCCGCGUCGGCUGCCGCCAAGAAGAUCCUGAUCAAGCAUGUGACAGUCAUCGGCGGCGGGCUGAUGGGCGCGGGCAUUGCGCAGGUGGCUGCAGCAACUGGACAUACAGUAGUAUUGGUGGACCAAACAGAGGACAUUCUGGCAAAAUCCAAGAAAGGGAUUGAGGACAGUCUAAGGAGAAUGGCAAAGAAGAAGUUCACAGAAAACCCUAAGGCUGGCGAUGAGUUUGUGCAGAAGACCCUGAGCUGCCUUUCCACCAGCACGGAUGCAGCCUCCGUCGUGCACAGCACGGACCUGGUGGUGGAAGCCGUGGUGGAGAACCUGAAGUUGAAGAAUGAGCUGUUCCAGAGGCUGGACAAGUUUGCUGCAGAACACACAAUCUUUGCCAGCAACACCUCCUCUUUGCAGAUCACAAGCAUAGCCAAUGCCACCACCAGACAAGACCGAUUUGCCGGCCUCCAUUUUUUCAACCCAGUGCCGAUGAUGAAGCUUGUGGAGGUUAUUAAAACACCGAUGACCAGCCAGAAGACCUUUGAAUCUCUGGUGGACUUUUGUAAAACCUUAGGAAAGCAUCCUGUUUCCUGCAAGGACACUCCAGGCUUUAUCGUGAACCGUCUCUUGGUGCCAUAUCUCAUAGAGGCCAUCAGACUUCAUGAGCGAGGCGAUGCAUCUAAGGAGGACAUCGACACGGCGAUGAAGUUGGGAGCUGGGUACCCCAUGGGCCCAUUUGAGCUUCUUGACUACGUUGGGCUGGAUACUACAAAGUUCAUCUUGGAUGGGUGGCAUGAAAUGGACCCAGAGAACCCCCUAUUUAAGCCCAGUCCUUCCAUGAAUGAUCUGGUGGCCCAGAAGAAGCUGGGCAAGAAGACGGGAGAGGGAUUUUACAAAUACAAGUGACGCCGCGGGAGCCCCUCAGCGGCAUCUCCAGCCAGCCACAGGACAAGCAUGAGCGCGCUCUGGGAGGGGCUUCCGAGGCUUGCCACGGGCUGCUCAGUGGGCCCUCCUUUGUAGGCUCUCUGAAGUAAUCAUUUGACUAGUUAUAAUAACGAGAUUCCUCCACUGAAAUCUAAUUCUCUGGUUUAGUCUGUACUCUUCUGCGUUU